AUGGGGAUCAAUAGUUCAAGUCCUAGUAAUGCGGAGAGUGGGAGGCCAUCUUCAUCAUUUCAGUCUAGUUCUUCAUCUCCAUGGCAGCACGGAAAUCCUCCUCAGUCAUCAUAUUCACAAUAUGCUCAGAAUUAUCCCGUGCAGCAUCCUUAUCCAGCAGGAUAUCCGCCACCAAAUCAGAAUUAUGCUCCUACUCAAACUACUGGAGCUCGUCCAGCAGGAUAUCCGCCACCAAAUCAGAGUUAUGCUCCUUCUCAAACUACUGGAGCUCCUCCAGCGGGAUAUCCGCCACCAAAUCAAAAUUAUGCUCCUUCUCAAACUACUGGUGCUCAUCCAGCGGGAUAUCCGCCACCAAAUCAGAUUUAUGCUCCUUCUCAAACUACUGGAACUCGUCCUCAAACUUAUGGGGCUCCAUCUCAACUGCCACCACUAAAGAAUUUCGACAGGAGGUAUUCAAGGAUUGCCGACAAUUAUAAUUCUCUGUCGGAGGUGACUGAAGCUCUUAGACGUGCUGGCCUUGAUUCUUCCAACUUAAUUAUUGGUAUUGAUUUCACUAAGAGCAAUGAAUGGACAGGUAAGUUAUCGUACAAUGGUCAAAGCCUACAUCAUAUUGGAAGUGGUUGGAAUCCCUACGAGCAAGCUAUAUCAAUUAUUGGGAAGACCUUGGCGGCUUUUGACGAGGAUAAUUUGAUCCCCUGUUUUGGAUUUGGAGAUGCAUCAACCCAUGAUCAAGAUGUUUUUAGUUUCUACCCAGAUAGAUUUUGCAGUAAGUUUGAAGAAGUGUUAAGUCGUUACAGAGAAAUUGUUCCUCAUCUAAAACUGGCAGGUCCCACGUCGUUCGCUCCUAUUAUUGAAAUGGCCAUGUCUAUUGUCAAGCAGAGUGGAGGGCAAUACCAUGUUUUACUGAUUAUCGCGGAUGGGCAGGUAACCAGAAGUGUUGAUACUGAACCUGGUCAGCUAAGUCCACAGGAGCAGAAAACCGUACAAGCAAUUGUUGAAGCAAGCAAGUUUCCUUUGUCAAUUAUUUUGGUUGGGGUUGGAGAUGGCCCCUGGGACACAAUGAAGGAAUUUGAUGAUAACAUCCCUGCUCGGGACUUUGAUAACUUCCAGUUUGUCAAUUUUACAGAAAUUAUGUCUAAAGAUGCACCGCAGUCUCGAAAAGAGACUGAAUUUGCUCUUGCCGCAUUGAUGGAAAUUCCAUCUCAAUAUAAAGCAUCAGUGGAGCUUAAUUUGUUGGGUGGUCGGAAAGGAAAUGCACCCGAGAGGUUUGCUCUUCCACCUCCUGUUUACAGUUCAGCCACAGACCGCAGUUCAAAUUCCUCACACACACCUAGUUUCCAGCAAAGCCCGAGUUCAUAUUACAACCAAAAUAGCGCUGCUGAAGCAGCUCCGUCUGCUCCGAGCAUUAUGUAUGAAAAUCAGAUUUGUCCGAUUUGCCUUCGUAACCCGCAGGACUUGGCAUUUGGUUGUGGGCAUCAGACAUGCUGUGAUUGCGGGAAAGACCUCAAGCGUUGUCCAGUGUGCCGGAUUCCGAUCCAAACCCGAAUAAAGCUCUACUAA